AGUUGCAGUUUUUGAGCCCACGGCAAAACCUAUGCUGAGGUGUCUUGUCGGAGUAAUAAAUGAUAACUUCUCUACAUAGAAAUUAUGGAGCAAUCUGAGUGUCUUUCAUUCUUAAAUAUUACCCAAGGUCGUUUUGGUCAACCCUUAUUGAAAAUCUGUGAAGUUUUGAAGGUGGAGUUGUUCACUAUUCCUCACCUUCCCCCUUCUGCUGGCCUCAGUACAAACAUUGUCUCUAUAUAAUAAGAUGCAACUCAUUUGUCUUCUUUAAUCUACUAGUUAAAGAAGACAAAUGAGUCUUGGGUUGAGCUGUCUGCUUUGGUGGCGGUUUCUCAUGUGUUCGUGCACAUGCAGCCUUUUGUUUGUCAAAGGGGCAUUAGUGAUCUUCAUCCUCUAGUCUGCAGGGAAAAUGUGAUUUUCUCAGAAGACAAAGCUGCUGUUUUUUACCGGCUUUAUUUGCAGGAAGCACGUGUGCGGCGGAGCCGGCGCCGACCAAACCUGGGCCAACUCCUUUGGCACAAGACAAAUCGAUAGAAAGGGCGGAGGAUUCAACCGUGCACAGAACAGCAGCAGGGGAAAACAAUGAUUAUAGUAUUAAAGCCGCAAAGCAAACCAUACACCCAAGGAUCAGAGCGGCUGCGGAGCUGUUUGUCCCAUAAACAAGUAAAGUCAACUCUGUUUCCCAAGUGCUGCUCGUUUCAUGUUGCUUUCCCUGUUUUGGGUCGCACUUCUAAAAAACCACCUCUUCUCAAUUCACAGAUGAGGGUGAGGCUUCUUUUAGACACUCUAACUGAAUCCAGACAGCGAUUUGAUGACCUCUCAGGAGGAAACGUGAGAUGUAGGAUGCACACUUUGAAAUGGAUAUGGGUGCCGAUAAUGAUCUUUACACCUCUUAUUACAUCACAACAAGCAGUAAAGCUCCAUGUGUGUUGAUAUUAGAUGAUAUAUUUGCCUCUGUUACACCCUGCUGACCUGAGAGUGACCCAAACAAACUGGUCUCCUUGAGCUGAGACAAUAGGUCUGAAAGGUAUUUGGACAGAGACGUCUAUAAAAAGAAUAAUUGUUUUAUACUUUACAGCAGCCGACUUCAGCUGCUGCUCAUCUUUGGAAGCUGUGUACAAAGGAAAAAUGAUACAAAUCUGUCAAACUACCAAGUGUUGGACCAUACAUUCAUGUGUUAAUUCUACUGGAACACAUUAGCAUCCUAUGGGAGCGAGUCAGCCAGUAGUCAGCUUAGGCUUUAAGUGUAAAGAACAACAUGAGCAUAAGCAGGUUUUAGGUACAGCGGUGCGUUCGGGUGCGUUCCGAUCCAGCGUAAAUCUCUGUUGCGGCCCCACAUGGGCCACUUAGCCGGUUCCUACAUAUCGGCACAAUAAGUCCAUCACUUACUGUACAGGACAAGUGUGGACGUAUAUAUUGAGUUUGUAAUUACUGAGCUACUAAGCAACUAAAUGAGCCUGAUGCAGUCUGCUGCUCUUUGCAUUAGCUCCACUAUAAACACAGUUUAUAGCAGUGUUUAGUUUGUCACGCUCGGUUUAAUGUGGGUGAUUUUGGUGCAGCUUCUGACAUCUGUGCGUUGACGCUAAUGUCACGUCUCUCCUGAUACAGAUCUAAAGCAUUUCAAAAUAAAUGACUGUCAAUCACAGGCCCUUCAAUGCUGUGACCCCUCCUGUCGUUCACCUGGAGGAGCAGGUGUAGCGUGAACCAUUAAACUCAACGGUUCAGUUACGGCACUUCGCAAAGAGCAAUGAAACAAGCACCUCAUGCAUUUACCUUUUAUCACCCACUGUUUCUAGGUUAGUUUGAGCUCCGUGCUGAAUGUCCACAGAAUACCUGCUUUGUGGAUCAGACCGGUGACCCCGCUCAGCUGGCCUCGUUUACAUGGGUACCAGAACAGUAAGCUCUAAGUUUUCUUCUAGGUCAGAGGAGAAGCAUGUAAAUAACAACUCCAGAGUUAUGCAAACUGGGUCAGAGCAAUGCUUCCCUCCCCAACGCAGACCGUGAAGCAGCCAGACCGUGUUUUUAGGGCCGAUCCUGGAACGAUGAUGGGACGGAACAGGCCGACCUCGACGUGUCGUCUGGAGAGUAAGAGGCUUAAAAGUCUGGUUAGAAAUUAGGCUCACAAAGUAGCAGAGUAUCAGAAAUAUGUAAGUUAAGUUGAAAGGUUCACAAACACAGAAAUGAAUAUGAUGAACGUCAUCUACGUUCUAGCUUAUGGAGGAACAUUUGAUCUCUAUGACCUUUUAUACUUUUACUAAGUAGUGAAAGUAGUAGUAGUUUUGUGGUAUACUUAAUAGUGUAUUUUUACUACUAUGUAAUUUGACUGGAAUCUUUCUGUAAAUCAGUCUGCUAUAGGAUCAUAAAGCUUGUGUUAUAGUGUCUCUCAAAGUCCAGGUUUUUCAUCGCAUGUGGUCAAAUGAGUUAAAAUGACCUAACAUUACUUUGCAGCUAAUUCCCUCUGCGCUUGAUUCGUAUUAAAUCUAAGUGGUUUAUUGAAAAGCGCUGGGAUAAAUACACAAGAUGCAGAAGGGGCCCACGGAAGCCAAGGCGCACGUGCGGAGGGUCACCGGUGGCCAAUCAAGUCGGCAGGAUUUCGUUGGCGCUUUCUCUCCUCGCGCGGCCGCUGCGGAUAAAAGGCUCGUUCCUCCAACGCACCCUCAGACCUCCGAGCGACAAACCAGCGCCACGAUGCUGCAGCUCCUGACCUUCCUGGUGGAGAAGCUCUCGCUUCUCUCCAACUUCCACCUGCUGGAGCUCAGCUGGUGCGGCGCACCGGAGCGAGACGCGCAGCGCGGCGCGCCCGCGCCUUUCCGCCGCGGGGACGUGCUGCGCGUGCCGAGGAGCAUCUUCACCCACUACGGCAUCUACUUAGGCGGCAACAAGGUCGCGCACAUGAUGCCCGACAUCCUGCCCGUGCUCACGAGCGACCGGAAGCGCAUCAGCUCGGUCAUAACCAACAAGAGGCUCAUCCUCGGCUGCAUCUACAGGCGCGCGACGGUGCGCGUCGACACGCUGGACCACUUCGCGUACGGCGCACGAGCGGAGGUGAGCCGUGAGUAUAAGAAGAGGAACGGGCAGACGUUUCGCAACGAAGACGUGGCCAGGAGAGCGGAGAAGCUGGUGGGGGAGACCCCGUACAGCCUGCUGUGGAAUAACUGCGAGCACUUUGUGACCUACUGCAAGUACGGGUGUGCCAGGAGCCGGCAAACCGACGAGUUCUGCGGUGGCCUGAAAUCAGUCAUCAGAGACACACGCAGCAUCAUCGCGGCUGGACUGCUGGGGACCUGCUCCGUGGUCUACUUCGGCGCGGUGCCCUGGACUACACUACCCACAAUCCUUAUCCCCUUCACUCUGUGGAUGGCUGGUUAAAGGAGAGGGACACAGACUGACAGAAGCUCACAGGUUCACUGCGAUGUGACUUGUAAUCAUGUUCAUUGUGUGAUUAAAUAUGAGGAGUAGUUUUAUUACUAGAAGAAUAUUUCAGUGUGUAUAUAUAUGUUUUAAAUGUAGUGUACAAUUUUGUAAAUAUAUGUGCAAUAAAUGCAAUAAACAUUUUAUUUAAUUGUG